UGCCCUGCCAUGGACUGGCGAUCUGUCCAGGGUGACCCCGCCUCUCACCUUUUGACAGCUGGAAUUAGGCACCAGUAUCCCUCCCGACCCCAUUGGGAUAAGGGUGUAAGAAAAUUGAUGGAUGGAUGGAUGGAAGCAGCGGGAGCAUGACAUUCUUGAAAAUGUGGACGGGGGAUUAAUUCAGUUAUUUUUUUUCUUGUGAAUCACAAAAGCCUUCGAUUAGAUUUACUUACUUUUCUAAAUAAUGUUAUUAAUACAGUAGUAGUUCUUAGAAAGCGUAAAAUCAACGACCACCCCUCAGCUGUAUAAUCCAGCCCUGAACAGCUGGCUGUCCACUUGGUCAUGUGACCUUCGCAUUCCGUUCAUUCUACGGAAGCCUGUUCGGAUUGGCCCUGCAGACAAAGAACUGCUAACGGUUUUGACAGUUUUGGAGAGACGCCGAGCCGCCGACGAAAACUGUCUUGAAAUGUAACUAAUUUAUAAAUAUCCGCCUCGCCUACGUAUGUUCACAAAAUAAAGAAAAUGAUUGAUGGUGGCUGUUGGGAGCAGGAUUGCCUGGAAGACGGCAUCCAGUCGGACAGAUUGAUGCCUGGAGACAAAACCUCUGCAAGAGGGCAUAAGUUCUCCAACACCUUCUUCAUGGAGACCGGUCCUGGAAAUCCCGUCCCUCAGGCCGUCUGCGUGAAUCUGGAGCCCACCGUCAUUGCAGGAUGUGAAACAGAUGCUGGUGGUUAAAGAAGAAGCCCCAGAAGACGAAAAACCUAAUGUGGACCUGAGUGACCUUAAGCUCUGCCACAUAAAGGAGGAAGAGGAGAGAGUCUGUAUCAGUCAGGAGGAAGAGCUGUUCAAUGUGAAGGAGGCGAUGGAAAGUACCAUAAAGAGUGAGGAUGAUAAACAGUCCCCUCUGCUCUCACAGCUUUAUCAAAACCAAAUUAAAAACAGAGAACCUCCGGAAGAAAACAAUGGAGGAGAAUCCAUCAAGACAGAAGAUCAUGAAGAUGGUUCCAACUCCUUAGAGCCUGAAGACACCAAGAAGGAUGAAGAGGACGAUGAUUUAAAGCAUCCUGUCUCUGAGAUGAAACACUUGGAGUAUGGACUGAAAACUGAGGACAUGGACAAUGACUGGAAGGAGAGCAGAGCGCCUGAGUCAGAUGGGAACCAAGCUAACAAACCAGAUUCAGAAACAGAGUCUCCAAGCUCGUUGGAUAUUAAGAAAUGUGCUACAGAGUACAAAAAUGUUGACUCACAAAGGAAGGUCCAAACUGGAGAGAAAUUUAACUGUGAAGACUGUGGAAAAACAUUUAUUAGAAAACAGAAUUUAAGUAGGCACAUGAAAAGCCACACAGGGCAGAAACCUUUCUGUUGUGAUCUCUGUGGACACAAAUUUAGCGAAAAAUCAUAUUUAACCGCACACAUGAGAAUCCACACAGGUCAGAAACCUUUCUGUUGUGAUAUCUGUGGGCAUAGAUUUAACCAAAGAGCACAUUUAAUCAUGCACAUGAGAAUCCACACAGGGCAUAAACCUUUUUGUUGUGAUGUCUGUGGACAUAGAUUUAGCCAAAAAGCAAAUUUAAUUAUGCACAUGAGAAUCCACACAGGAGAGAAACCUUUCUGCUGUGAUAUCUGUGGGCAUAGAUUUAGCCAAAAAUCAUAUUUAACCAGACACAUGAUAAUCCACACAGGACAGAAACCUUUUUGUUGUGAUAUCUGUGGACAUAGAUUUAGCAAAAAAGCACAAUUAAUCUCACACAUGGAGAUCCACACACGACAGAAGCCUUUCUGUUGUGAUGUAUGUGGAAACAGAUUUAGUUAUAAAUCAUACUUAAAGACACACAUGAGAAUCCAUACAGGACAAAAACCGUUCUGUUGUGAUAUCUGUGGACACAGAUUCUUCCAAAAAGCCAAUUUAAACAGACACAUGAUGAUCCACACAGGACAGAAACCUUUCUGUUGUGACCUCUGUGGACAUAGAUUUUUCCAUAAAUCACAGUUAAACACACACAUGAGAAUACACACAGGACAGAAACCGUUCUGUUGUGAUAUCUGUGGACACAGAUGUAACCGAAAAACACUUUUAAACAGACACAUGAAAAGCCACACAGGAGAGAAACCUUUCUGUUGUGAUAUCUGUGGACACAGAUGUAGCCGAAAAUCACAUUUAAUCAUACAUAUGAGAAUCCACACAGGAGAGAAACCUUUCUGUUGUGAGAUCUGUGGAUACAAAUUUAGACAUAAAUCAACGUUAAGCACACAUAUGAUAAUCCACACAGGAGAGAAAAUAUCUCUAUUAUGACUCAAACUGCACAGCUGCUGUUGGCUGUGAAAUAUUUAUGCGUCAUCAUUCAAGGUGACAUCAUUCACUUUAUUUUGAAGAUUCUAUUUAUUGAACAUUUUAAAGUUAUAACAGUCCUGUACAGUGCAGAUACAAAUUAUUUAAGACAUGUAGCAAAUCCUGAAUACAUCCACAGCAAUGUCCUUCUUAGGUAUUACCUUUCAGGCAGUGGUCCAUGGAGUUCUCAGGUACUCCCAACACUUUACCAAGUUUUACUGUAAAAUGUUUUUCUGAUAUUAAAUCUUAGACUUUCCUGAGAAAUAUAGUCUGAUAUCUAGGAUUUCCACAAAUGUAUUGGGCAAUUUAGAGAGGCUCCAGUUGUGUCUUUACUAUACAUGUACAAAAAUAUAGAGACAUUUUGUUAGAUAUUAUACUGAAUUUCUCUGAAUCCAAAUACUUGUGGAUAAUUUUGAGAGUAAAAGUAAAAUUUCCUCCCAUAUUUCUGUGUUUAUUGAUAUUUUUAACUGACUCUCUCAUAAUUUUAUUAGAAUUGGUAGAUGGUAUUCAACUGUUGUAGCUUGGCAAAAAAAAUGGAUACAAAGUGAACUUGUUUGAGACUAGAAGAGUUUUUUCUUAUCAGUUAAAUCCAUAAAUCACAGUUAAACACAGAAACGUGUGUCUCUGUCCUGUGUGUACAGAACACACAGGACAAUUGAGGAAUUCCUCUCAAUUCCUCAAGUGAGAGGAAGUGAUUCCUCUCAGUUUCAUCUGGGAUAUUGAGAGGAAUCAUUGUAGUAUGUAAAUAGUGACUGAUCUAAAAGUAUUUAUGAGAUUCCUUCGUUUGUAGUUUGUAUGUGGCCUAUAGGGACUGGAAUGUUUAGAAUUUUCCUCCGUCCCAUAGAUCGCUAAUAUAAUUCAAAACAUUCCAGUCCCUACAGGCCACAUACACCAAAGGUCCAGAGGGCGAUGUGAAGGUUGGCUGUUGCAAAGGCCUGGGUUCAGCUCCACCACAAGAUUGAUCUGAUGUACGCCAAGCGCUCCUUGGUUCAUUGGCGUGAGGGUGAGGGCAUGGCGGACGGAGGGUUCUCUGAGGCCAGGAAGGACAUGGCUGCACUGGAAAAGGAUUAUGAGGAGGUUAGAAUUGCCACAAAGUUACCUGAAGCAAGUUCUAUAUAAGUUCUGAAGUUUUUUCACAUGGUGUUUAGUUUUGAAGAAUUUUAAAAUGUUGGCACCACAACCAAUUUUUGGAUGAAUGUUCAUGGUUUGAAAAUAAUUAUUUAUGUUCGAACUUUACAUUCCAUUGUGUGGUAAGAAACCUAUUUUGUCUUUGUUUGUCCAGUACAUGUCUGUGAAUCAAUAGAAAAUUACUUAAAAUCUGUUCAGUAAGAAUGUAAAUACUGUGUUCCUCUUUAUGUGAUUAAAUUGACUCUGGAAAAUAUUGAAAAUGUGAUCUUGUGCCUGUUAACAGGAACCUUCUUUAAUCCUCUGUAGUGCUUAUACUGUGAUUGGGUAAUAUUUAUGCAUUUUAUUCCCCAAUAAAAACUAAAGUAUUGGAAUUGGUUUC